AUGUCGAUUUCUGGAAGACGGUCGGCUAGCCGCUGGGCCAAUGGCGUCGCCGGAACACCGCCCGCCCCAGAUGGCGCUUGGAUACCCAAGGGCCAGCAGAGUGGUUUGCCGGGUGCGAGGGGGAAUGGCAUGUGGGUGUGUGUGGUGGGUGCGCGUGUGCGUGUGCGUAUACAGUAUAGCUAG